AUGCCUUUAAAGAGUAACGCCAGCUUUUUGGAGGCAUAUAAUAGCCUCACGGACAAACAUUUAAUAAACUAUUUUUCUACAUCUCGGAUGAGACGGCAUCUUAUAAAUAAUGGACUAAUUACAGAGAAUGGUGAAGUCAUACCGGAAUCAGAAUAUAAAGAAAUAAAAAUUCAUGAAAAUCUAAAACGUGCUUUUUUAGAAGUUAUUGCUCAUGCCAUUGUUGAAAAAUCACUAGAAGCAGAACGUUUACGUCAGGGAAAAUUACAAAGGGAUUUAGAAGAAUUAUGUCGCUUAAACAGAGUUAAGCGAUUGAGAGAAGAACGUCAGCAACGUUCAGAAGAAGCGAUACUAUCUAAGUUAAUAAUCAAAAGUCCAAGAUCAUUAGAGAAAUUAGAAAUUUUAGAAACACAUGAUUCAGAUGAAAUGAACAAUCCAAAUAAACAACAAAAUAUAAACAAGAAAAAUCAAAUAAAAAGAAAAUAUUCACAAAAGAAUAAACAAACCAUGAUGUCAUUAUUACCUUAUUCAGAAUCUUAUUAUUACCGUAAACCAAAAUCUUCAUUACAUAGAUCCUCAAGUUGUUCAAAUAAGAGAGUACACAAUGAACAAAUGGAACCUUCUAUUAAACAUUCAAGACAUAAUAAUAAUAAUCAGUCUAAUGAAAGAGAUAUUCAAGAGCUGAAGAAUAAUACUCAUAAUGUUUCAAUGCAAAUGGAUCAUGAUACUACUAAACAGGUUAGAAAAACAAGGAAAACGCCAAGUCAAUAUAGACAGUUACCUCAGAUUGAAAUAAAACAAACUUCAUGUAUUGUCAAAUUGAUGUAUCUUGGUAUAUCACGUACUGAAGAGUCAAAAAUACUACAUACAAUUGAUCAACAAAAGAAUAAGAAAGAAGAGAAGAAUUCUAUCAAUAAUAAUAAUAAUAAUAAUGAUACUAAUCAAUCAUUAUCACGUUUAGUUACAGUAAUUCAACAACCAAAUGGUGGUAAUACACAUACACUUUUUAAAGGUCUACUUCAACCAGGUGAUACAUUUCAGAUUAUUUCGAAACGAGUAUAUGGUUUUCCGUUUUCACUAACUAUUUAUGUCGAUGGUACACAGGAUACACGUGUUAGUGCAUGUUGUGAGUAUCGGCAUAGACAAGGAGCUCGUAUUGGUGGAAAACAUGGCCAUUUUGUUUAUUUAUCUGUUGAAGGUUCAUUUCCAUGCUUCAGAUGUCGAGCACUUAAAAAGCUGAAACAACAACAACAACAACAAGAGAAGAUGAAAAGAAAAGAAAAAUCCACCACUGAUGAAAAUGACGGCAACAUACAACAUAAAGAAGCAGACGAAUAUGACAAUAGUGAUGAUUUGAAAGAUUCAGUUAGUUCUUCGUCGACGAUCUCAAAGCAUAAUUGUCAAGAAGCUUCUCAUUCGCCUUCAAUAGGACCUGAAAAGAUGGAUAAUUCCAAAGAAAUUGAUUAUGAUGAAAUCAAUUUAAUUGAAUAUUUCAAAGCUGCUUUACAUUCACUUGUCUUAAAUGAAAAUAACAUUAAUGGUUGUUUACGAUGUAUAAUUUGGUUAAGUAUCUCACUUAAACAAUGUGCGAUAAUGAAAUAUGAUGAUGAAGAUGAUGAUGAAGAUCAUGAUACAUUGGAAUUAACCAAGAAAGAUCAAUUUUGUGAAGCAAUUAUUAGACAACAGGAUGAGGAAUUAAUGCGCCUUGUUUUACCAAAACCAAAUACUAGUGAUAAAUUGAAACUGCGCUGGCCACUGAACGAUUUGAAGAUUACAGAUAAAAUUAAAUAUGUUGAUUUUUGCAAUUUGUCGAAUGUUUUAACUAUGCCACUAUCUGAUGUUGAAAAACUUGAGCUCUGUUUAGAAAUACCAGAAGAGGAUAUCAUUUAUAAAUUUGUGGAACAUUCAUCAUUAACAAAAGGUCGUUUGAUUACAUUUAGAAAUCCUUUGAAAAUAUUCCUUGAAGAUGAAGAAAAUGAUGAAAUGAAUAAUUAUUCACUCUUACGAUUUCUAUAUGAAUUAGAUAACGGGUGCAAUAGUGAUGUAGAAAAUGAAAAUCCAACUGAGAAUUUUGAAAAUAUCAAGGAUAAUUAUUAUGAAAGUGAAAAAUCAAGUGAAUCAUCUCCUCCAGCAUCACCAUCACUUGCUGAAAAAAUGAUUAAACCACCUGUAAAGAAAAAGAAAAAUUCCAAAUCAUCAUCAUCGUCGUCUUCCUCUUCUUCACCAUCGUCGUCGUCAUCACCAUCAUCAUCGUCGUCAUCAUCAUCAUCAUUGCAUUCACCUUCUUCAAAGUUGAAUUCACCUGAAGUAAUUUCAACAAAUAUCUUCUCAAAUCAAUCAAACGGUUCAUUGACAUCAAAUACUUUAACACCAACAUUUGAAAAAGAAUCUGAAAAUCAACCAUCCACCAUGGAACAAGAAUUAAAUCAACCUGACAAAAUACUUGAUUUAGAACGGAUAAACACAGGUGAAAAUAAGACUGUUGAACAUCCUAUUGAAAAUACUAUAAAUACUGUUACUGAUGAAAAUAUGAGGAAGAGGAGGAGUAGUAGUACUGAAUCUUUGGAAAACAACACUAAACAUGAUCCUACUAUUACUUCGUUUAUUCACAAUGACAAUGUUCAGCAAAACGUUGAAUUUCAAUCAUCAUCAGUAACAAGUGAUCAAUCCAUGGAAUUAAAAUCAUCAUUAUUAUACAAGAAGAAUCAAGUUGUAGACGGUAUUUCUCAACAUUCUUUACCUACAUCAUCGUCAGUAUUGCCUUCAUCUACGAUUAGUUCUUCGUCUUCUUCUUCACCAUCAUCGCCAUCAUCUCCUCCAGUUUUUACUACUACUACUUUCAUUCGUCUAGAAAAAUCACAACUAUCAUCUAAUUCUUCCACUGAUGAUAUUUCAAUAAAAUCAACGAAUUCAAAAGAAACACACAAUCACUCUAAUCAUUGUAUAGUAACUAACAAUACUGAUUAUGAUAUGUCAACAAAAUUCACUGAACCUUCACAAGAAUCUGAUGAUAUUGACUUAAAUUUUUUGUCAUAUACAGUGAUAUAA